CCGGAGGCGGGCCCAACCCCGCCCCUGCUCCCCGGGUGGCUCCCGGCGGUCCCUCCCACCUCCUAUCCUCAGCUUCCGCGGCGCGGCGCAGUCCCCACUGGCCGCAGCCUGACCCGCCGCACGGCCCCCCAGUCUCCUGUGGCCGCCUCCCCCAGGCAUGGCCCAGGGCCUCGCCUCACUAUGGCAGCAGCACGGCACAGCACGCUCGACUUCAUGCUCGGCGCCAAAGCUGACGGCGAAACCAUUCUAAAAGGCCUGCAGUCCAUUUUCCAGGAGCAGGGGAUGACCGAGUCGGUGCACACCUGGCAGGACCAUGGCUAUUUAGCGACCUACGUAAACAAAAACGGCAGUUUUGCCAAUUUGAGAAUCUACCCACAUGGAUUGGUGUUGCUGGACCUGCAGACUUAUGACGGUGAUGCGGAAGGCAAAGAAGUUGACAGUCUUUUGAACAAAGUAGAAGAAAGAAUGAAAGAACUGAGUCAAGACAGCACUGGGCGUGUGAAGCGAUUACCACCCAUAGUUCGAGGAGGGGCCAUUGAUAGAUACUGGCCCACUGCUGAUGGCCGCCUGGUUGAGUAUGACAUCGAUGAAGUGGUAUAUGAUAAAGAUUCACCUUAUCAGAACAUUAAGAUUCUGCACUCGAAGCAGUUCGGAAAUAUCCUCAUCCUUAGUGGGGAUGUUAAUCUGGCGGAGAGUGAUUUGGCAUAUACCCGGGCCAUCAUGGGCAGUGGCAAAGAAGAUUACACUGGCAAAGACGUGCUGAUCCUGGGAGGUGGAGAUGGGGGCAUAUUAUGUGAAAUAGUCAAACUGAAACCAAAGAUGGUCACUAUGGUAGAGAUUGACCAGAUGGUGAUUGAUGGGUGUAAGAAAUACAUGCGAAAAACAUGUGGUGACGUCUUAGACAAUCUUAAAGGAGACUGCUAUCAGGUUCUAAUAGAAGACUGUAUUCCAGUGCUGAAGAGGUACGCCAAAGAAGGGAGAGAGUUUGAUUAUGUGAUUAAUGAUUUGACAGCUGUUCCAAUCUCCACAUCUCCGGAAGAAGAUUCCACAUGGGAGUUUCUUAGACUGAUUCUUGACCUCUCCAUGAAAGUACUGAAACAGGAUGGGAAAUAUUUUACACAGGGGAACUGUGUCAAUUUGACGGAAGCCCUGUCACUCUACGAAGAACAGCUCGGGUGCCUGUAUUGUCCUGUGGAAUUCUCAAAGGAGAUCGUCUGUGUCCCUUCGUACUUGGAAUUGUGGGUAUUUUACGCUGUUUGGAAGAAAGCUAAACCUUGAAGAUCAAUGUCCCCUAAUCUGUGUGCUGCAAAUAGCCUUCCUGACCUUCAUAUGCUGUACGUGACAUCAAAACGAGUCAGGCAAUUGAUUGUGAAUUCCUUCAAGUUUUCUUUUUUAAUUAUUUUUAAUUUAAAAAAGCAAAUGGAAAAUGUAUAUUUUGAUGAGCUAGGGUGUUAUUUUUUGAAAGUCAGCUGAAGGAUGAUUAGAUAGCAUAGCGAAGGCUGCUAAAUGCACUGAACCCCUAGAAUGUGAUUUUUGUUACUUUUUUUUUCCCCCUUUGUGGGCUUUUUUGGUUUUGGUAGACUUUGAAUUUGGUUGUUUGGAGGAAUGAGCAUCAUUAUUUUGUUCUGGAGGAAAUUCUUGAUGGUGUUUCUUUCUCCCAAAAUUAAUUGACGUAGAUAUUAAAAUUCGGUGUUUAUAAGAAAGUUAAAAAAUAAAUUAGCAAUGCUUUGAUUAAAAUUACAGAUGAGA